CUCUGCCACGGUUGCAGGAGCUAGAGUCGGUUUCCUGCCGCUUAACGCUGGCAUACGGGGAGAGGGGCGGGUGAAGCUUCCCUUUCGCCAGCUCACCUGAGGCAGUAGGGGAAGGAGAAAUAGAGAGGCUCAGUGGUGGCGCUGGAGGAAGCAACAGCAACAGCGAGGAUGCGGCAGCGCUCGCAGUAGAGGAGGAGGCGGCGAAGGUUUGCAGCCGCGGAGGUUGGCUCCUGCCGCUGAUUGGCAUCGCUGACCAACAACAACCGGCCCCGGAAUAUUUCCUUGCACGGAAAGGCAAGGGGAAGCGCCCCCGGUUUAUGUGUUGAAAUGGUGCAUCUUAUGCAGGAUCCUCGGAUUAAACAUUAACAUUUGAGAGAUCGCAGCCCGCAGGCGACUGCAGCGAGGGUUGUAUCAGGAGGCGGCUGCAGGGAGGGGGAAAUCCUCCAUCUCUCCGGGCUGCCCGGGAUGACUGGACUUCCCUGGACCUCUCCCUUCUGAGUUUAACAACAGACGAGUUGACUUCAAGACUAGGCCGAAAUGGCAGGCUCCUCCAGGGAACACGUGUCUUACGCACGGAGGCGGAACCCUCAGCUUCGCUACACCUUGAGUCCUGAAAAUUUGCAGAGCCUGGCUGCCCAGAGCACCCGGUUAGAGAACAUGAACUUGCACAGGGCAAACAGUGAUACGGACCUGGUGACUUCGGACAGUCGCUCCAGCCUGACAGCUAGCAUGUAUGAGUACACACUUGGACAAACACAGAAUCUAAUCAUCUACUGGGAUAUUAAAGAAGAGGUGGACCCCACUGAUUGGAUUGGACUCUAUCACAUAGAUGAGAUCUCUCCAGGAAAUGUCUGGGACUCCAAAAAUCGGGGUGUAAAUGGAACCCAGAACGGGCAGAUUGUGUGGCGAAUUGAGCCUGGCCCGUACUUUAUGGAGGCUGAAACUAAAAUCUGUUUUAAAUACUACCAUGGUGUAAGCGGAGCACUGCGAGCCACCACCCCAUGUAUUACAGUAAAAAACUCCGCUACUAUGGCCGGAGCAGAUGAAUUGGGGGAAGGUGGAUUGAAUGGUGAGAACAAUCGAAAACUUGUCAGAUUCACAUUAUCAGAUAUCCGAGCCGUAGGACUCAAGAAAGGAAUGUUUUUCAACCCAGAUCCAUAUCUAAAAAUGGCCAUUCAGCCUGGGAAAAAGAGCACUUUCCCCACUUUUGCUCAUCACGGACAAGAGAAGCGGUCGUCAAUAGUGGCAAACACAACAAACCCUAUUUGGCAAGGAGAGACAUACUUUUUUGUGGCACUUCUCACAGAUGUACUGGAAAUUGAUGUUAAAGACAAAUUUGCAAAGAGUCGGCCGAUUAUAAAGCGUUUCCUGGGUAAACUAACCAUCCCAGUACAACGUCUGAUGGGGAGACAGGCCUUGGGGGACCAGACUGUUAACUACAACCUGUUAAGAAGACUUCCGACCGAUCACGUCAGUGGUCAGCUUCAUUUUCGAGUGGAGUUCUUGUCGUCGACUCACGAAGAUGCUUCCCCCGAGACGCUGGGCGCUUACCUUGGAGCCAAUGGUGUCAAUGGCGAUCUGGGCAGUCCAUCCGACGACGAGGACAUGCCUGACCCAUCCGUCUCAACAAUGCAUCCGAGCCAGCUGCAAAUCUUUGUAAAUGGUUCUGCCCAGAAAGAAAGUGGAGUUGUGGACCUUUCGAGUGCAGCCAGUGAAAGUGGACUUUUGGACAGUGCAUUUGCAGCUCCUGGUGAAUCCUCAUUGACAAGGCAUUCAACCUAUCGCCAAGAAUCGCUCAAUGAUUACCUCGAUACAGUCGACGGCAGUGGAAGCCUUAAAUCAAGCUUGGCCGAGGCUCACCUGCAUCAGAUUGGAGUUUCUCCCAACUUGAGGAGCAGUUUCCCGACGGACACGAGAUUAAAUGCAAUGCUUCACAUUGACUCGGAUGAGGAAGACCAUGACGUUUAUCAGGAAUUGGCCUGUGGUUUUCACAUCGAGGAGAGUGAGGAAAAUGGCAUACACUUUAGAUGUGCUUCUGGAAGUAACAAGGAGUUGGACACACAGCUGUAUGCCAACGGGGAUCAGAUCGCCCUUAGACGAUCAUCUACCUCUCAGAUAAAUCUAACUAUAACAGAAGAGGCAUCUUCCUCAGUUGCGCAGUUAUCGGACUCUCAGUACAAGAACUUUCAUGAGCUGGUGUGCAGCCUUUCUUCAGCAGCACAGGUCGGGUGUGAAGAAGAGCAAGACAGUUGUGAGGUUGAGGGCAGUAGCGACUUAGUGACAAGUACCUGUGGGGAAGAUCAGCAACCUCCAGAGACAUCUCGGCCAACAGUUGGCCAGGCCGUUGACGGUGGAGACAAUGCAGAGCGACUGCUCACGCAAACAGAAUCCGUUGAUCAAACCUCAGAACCAUCCCAAAUGUCCUCGGAGAAUGAGCAAAGUGAUGCGACCCGCACAGAGAGUGUCAGUGAAGCCAGCACUAGACCAGAAGGAGAGAGCGAUCAGGAAGGGGCUGAUAGCUCGUGCAACGGAAGUGGCUACACCACCAGGGUAUCUUCGUCCGUCGGAAGCGCCACGCGAUUUUCCUCCUUUGAAAGUGCGAGGUUCUCAGAAACCCCGGCGUUCUCGUCUCAGGAGGAGGAAGAUGCUGCCUGUCCAACUGACCCGGCGGCCGACGAUCCUGUGGAAAGCCAAGACUCUGACGGGGCCACAAUCAUUCCAGCUGCCGAAGACGGGGAAGGCAACCGCGAUGCGCCGCCACCGCCGCUGCUACAAGAGACCGUCGAAGGGGACGCGGUGUCCGAGGCGGAGGAAAUAUGGCAGAGGAGGAGUUUGCAGGUGGCAGCCACAGCCGCAAGUGACCUGCCAGAAGAAGAAGCCACCAUACCUACUAGCACAACUCCAGAGGAUGCAAGUGAAGCAGCAGCAGCAGCAACAGUAGCAGAGACCGAAGCGGGCAGUGAUCCAGAUUCUCCAUCGAGCAGUCAUCAGCCUUUGAGAUCCCUACCCUCAGUGCGGCAAGAUGUUACUCGCUAUCAGCGUAUCGAUGAACUGUUACCACCAAACUGGGAAGCCCGUAUCGAUAGCCAUGGACGCAUCUUCUAUGUGGACCACGUGAACAGGACGACCACUUGGCAAAAACCCACCACCCCUGCACGUCAGCAGAUUGUUCAACGUUCAAAUUCAAUUCAACAGAUGGAGCAGCUGAAUAGAAGGUACCAGAGUAUUCGCCGGACAAUGACUAAUGAGAGGACUGAGGACACUGCCCAAGCCAGUUGUGUCGAUGCAGAGGCAACAGGUGAAAACCAUUUUGCUCAUUUUAGUUCAGAUUUCAGAAGGGAGCCGAGCUUCUCCCACUCGGCGACUCGUAGCCGGAUGAAUCUGCUCCUGCAGUCUCCCCCGGUCAAGUUCUUCACCAGCCCGGAAUUUUUCACAGUGCUCCAUUCAAACCCUCGUGGCUAUCGGAUGUUUUCAACCAACACAUGUUUGAAACACAUGAUCACCAAAGUGCGGCGAGAUGCCCAUAACUUUGAACGUUAUCAACACAAUCGAGAUCUCGUGGCAUUCCUCAACUUAUUCGCUAAUAAACAGCUGGAGCUGCCGAGAGGCUGGGAAAUGAAGCAUGACCAUCAAGGAAAGCCCUUCUUUGUUGACCACAAUUCGCGCAGCACCACUUUCAUAGACCCAAGGCUCCCUCUUCAGACGGCUAGGCCCUCUAUUGCAUUGGUUCAUCGGCAACAUUUGCAAAGGCAACGGAGCCACAGUGCGGGUGAGGUGGCAGAUGAUUCUCGCCAUUCUGGGCCCCCGGUUAUGCCCAGACCCUCCAGCACAUUUGGCACAAUCAGUCGGAACCACAACCAGGAGGUGUUGCCUGUUGCUUACAAUGAUAAAAUUGUAGCAUUUCUGCGUCAACCAAACAUCUUUGAAAUUCUUCAAGAACGGCAGCCAGACCUUAUCAGGAAUCACUCACUCAGGGAGAAGAUUCAGUUCAUCCGGAGUGAGGGGACGAGUGGACUGGGGCGACUAUCCAGUGAUGCAGAUCUUGUUAUGCUGUUAAGCUUGUUUGAAGAUGAGAUUAUGUCUUAUGUGCCACCUCAUGCCUUACUUCACCCCAGUCAUUGCCAAUCUCCACGUGCUUCCCCUGUGUCGUCACCUCAGAAUUCCCCAGGCACCCAGAGAGCCAACGCCAGGGCUCCAGCUCCUUACAAGAGGGACUUUGAAGCUAAGCUCAGAAACUUCUACAGAAAGCUUGAAACAAAAGGCUACGGACAAGGCCCAGGAAAGUUAAAAUUAAUCAUCAGAAGAGACCACUUGCUGGAAGAUGCAUUCAACCAAAUUAUGGGCUGCUCCAGGAAAGAUCUUCAAAGAAAUAAACUCUAUGUCACCUUUGUUGGAGAGGAAGGGCUGGAUUACAGCGGCCCCUCCCGAGAGUUCUUUUUUCUGGUGUCGAGAGAACUCUUCAAUCCAUAUUACGGCUUGUUUGAAUACUCUGCUAAUGAUACCUACACUGUGCAAAUCAGCCCGAUGUCCGCAUUUGUCGACAAUCACCAUGAAUGGUUUAGAUUCAGUGGCCGAAUACUUGGCCUUGCUCUCAUCCAUCAGUAUCUGCUUGAUGCCUUUUUCACCAGGCCAUUUUACAAAGGUCUACUGAGAAUAUCUUGUGAUCUUAGUGACCUGGAAUAUUUGGAUGAAGAAUUUCAUCAGAGUCUGCAGUGGAUGAAGGAUAAUGACAUCAGUGAUAUCUUAGAUUUAACAUUUACUGUGAAUGAAGAGGUCUUUGGCCAGAUUACAGAGAGAGAGCUAAAACCAGGUGGAGCAAACAUUCCUGUGGCGGAAAAAAACAAAAAAGAAUACAUUGAAAAGAUGGUAAAAUGGCGUAUCGAGAGAGGUGUUGUACAGCAGACAGAGAGUUUGGUCCGAGGCUUCUAUGAGGUGGUGGAUGCUCGGCUUGUGUCUGUGUUUGAUGCAAGGGAAUUAGAAUUAGUGAUUGCAGGCACUGCUGAAAUUGACUUAAGUGAUUGGAGGAAUAACACAGAGUAUAGAGGAGGAUACCACGAUAACCACAUAGUAAUCAGAUGGUUCUGGGCUGCAGUGGAAAGGUUUAACAAUGAACAGAGACUAAGAUUGUUGCAGUUUGUCACAGGUACAUCAAGUAUACCCUAUGAAGGUUUUGCCGCACUACGUGGCAGCAAUGGUCCACGAAGAUUUUGCAUUGAGAAAUGGGGCAAAAUCACCUCACUUCCAAGGGCUCAUACCUGUUUCAAUCGGUUAGAUCUCCCUCCAUAUCCAACCUUCUCUAUGUUGUAUGAAAAGAUGUUGACUGCUGUAGAAGAGACAAGCACUUUCGGACUGGAGUAACAGAUGUUUUGAAAUAUAAGCACAUUUCCACUACUUUUCUCAUGGACCUCUUUGGGGUGAAGGGUGUGAUGGCAUUCUCAGACGCACUUUUGUGAAUUUUAUGGGAUUUGGAUUAAAGAAGUGAUCUUAUCUUUACAAGAUGUCGUGGAGAGAAAGCAAGCAUGCGGAAGAUGACUAUCCAGACAAUUAUGGUACGCAUUCACCUGAACAACUGUGCGUCUGUUAUGAAAAAUAAAGGGAUGGAACUGAAAACUUUGCAGACAGUAUCCUGUUACUACUGCUGUUGAGUACAAAAUGACUAUUUUUAUGUGAAGAAAAGCACUUACAAAAUGACAAAGGCUUCUACAGAGAUAGGUCAAUGCUUCUCUGAAUGACUGAUAAUCCUGACAGUGGAUGAUUUUUUAAUGAGAUUUACUUCAAACCCUGUGCUGAAGUAAAGUUUUUUUUAAACUGUGAUUAUGCCUAUUCCGUUUCAAAAAAAUAAUGUACUUGUUAUCAAAAUAUUGGUCUUCAUAUACCUGUUAUUGCAUGGUAUAGAAUUUAUAAAUUAUGGAAAGUACAAUUACAGUUCCUUGUCAGUAUGGCACACUAAAAACAUUUAUGAAAUUUAGUUUUAUUUAAUCUUUUUACAGAUUCUGUGCAAAUCUUGUAUGAUUUUUAAAUUAUCCAAACUGGAGAUAAGGGAGAUCUCUGACAGUGCAUACUAUCUGCUUAUUCUAUUCAAAGUUGUUUUGGUGAAAUGUCCAAGAGAAAUCAGAAAGCCUGAUGUCUUCUUUUUAUUUUAUAUAAACAAACAUUUUCCAAAGCAAGAUUUUUUUAAAUAAUUGCACUGGGUGUACCAAAGUAAGAGGACAUAAAUUAUAUAAAAUUGGGUGCAUGGUAUAAUAUGCUGAAUUAUCAAAGCUAAUUUUCAGAUAUUAUAUUGGACUGUGAGUAAUAGGAUGUCACAAAAAUGUCUUAGCUUCCAAAAAACUUCCCUCCCAUCCAAACAAAAUAGAAUAAAUAACUUUUCAACAGUAGAUCGAAUUAGUUCUAUUAAAUUUUAAGUUAAUAUUUUAUUUAAAAGGGAUUUAAAUUACUAUAAAAUAGAGUAUUUAAAAAUGUUUGAGUGAGGGAGGUUAAUUUAGAUUGAAGGAACUUUUAUGUAUUACAUUGUACACUAUUAACAUUGAAUUUGCAUGAGAAAGCAUUAACUAUAGGGCUCUGUGAAAGUCUACUGUUACAAAAUACUCUGUUUUCUAGUAUUUAUUGCCCAUGUAAAAUUCCAAUUUCUGUUAUUAUUAACAUCUGCUUCAGACCAACAGUGCUCAAGUCAUUAAAAAAAUUACACCAUUUAAAUAUUCAAUAGCUUGUCGAUAACCUUAGGUAUUGCAACGCUGUGAUGAAAAAUUGAUUCCUGUCUAAAAAACUGUUUUAAAUCCACAUUAUUUUCAGAAUUUUGCAAAGCAAAUUUGACUAAAAUCAGACCUGGAGAUGCAAAUGCUGGAAUGUUGAGUAAAAAACAAACUACUGGAGAAAAUUGGCGGGUCAGGCAGCAUCCAUGGAGGGACAUAGGCAGAAGAUAUAUCGGGUCAGGAACCAAGAGUGUUUGUAGGUUCCCGACCCAAAACGUUGUCUAUUUCCCUCCAUAGAUGCUGCUUGACCCACCGAGUCUCACCAGCAGUUAGUUUUAUAAAUGGAUAUCCUACUCUAUUUGGAUACAAAUUAAGGAUCUCUGAAUCACUACAUCACAUUCAUGCACACAGUACAUAGUAUUGCAAUGAGCCAUAUGGAUAACGGUUAAGCAGUUCACAUUUUUUAUUUCACUGAUGCAUCCUUUAAGAGUUCCUUGCCAAUAUAGUGAGCUCAGUAACUUUUUUUUCUUAUCCGUUGAUUUAUAAACUAUCUAUUGACUUUCGUUAAUACAAUGGGGUGGUUCUGAAAUAUACAUAAUAAAAUUAAAUGACUUCAUGGGUACACAUUUUUUUCAUGAAAAUGAAUCAUUUCACUGUUCACAUCAUCAGCACCAACAUUUCUGGUACUCAUCUACCAUUUUUAUAGGGCGUCUAAAAAUUAUAUUUUGGUUGUCACUUGUUCGUAUGUACUAUGUACUAUGUGGCUAAUCAUACACAAUCAAUGGAAGUAUGUCUUAGUCACAUUUUCACUCAUAGAUCUCACGAUUUAGAUACGUUUAUUGGGAUUAUGCAGAAAUUUGUACACACUUGCUAUUUAAAUAUGCUGAAAACACUUAAGAUUAUUGUUGUCAACUAUGAUUUAAUGAAAUGUUUUUAAAGUACCAAAGUAUGAAUGACUUUGUUUUAUUUUCAUAAUGUAAAUAUAUUUUAUUUGAAACCAUGCUGUGUCAUUUAAAAAUAAUUGAAAAUAAAAAAUCAUAGAAACGCCAGUGAAUAUAAGGUUGUCUUUAUUGCAAAGUAGAACUGUUGCAUUGAAUUUCAACUUCCAGCUACGUUCAUCAAGUUGUAUCGUGAUUAUCCACAAAUAAAUUUUAUCUACAUACAAA